AUGGUCAGCAAACCGUAUGACACGGAAGAGCCUUGUGAAUGGGAGUCGCCUAUUCCGCGAAGGGGACCUAUUGCAGCGACGCGGGCGAAAAGCUUCAGGGACCGGUUGGAUCCUCUGCUUGCGGCCGGGCGAGUUCGCGCGCUCCGUGGCGGACGCAGUACACGCGGCGCCGGCGCAGCCAUCCGCGCGUACGCACUGCAUCUCGCGCAAGACAAGAGUACGACGUUUGCGCAGAACAUAGACAACUUUAUUGCGUGCACGCUGGAUUCCAAAGAAACAUGUCCGCAGGUGAUGAUGCGCAAUAUGAGACAAUUCAUGUCCGGUAUGAAGAACUAUCUCGUGAAGCACGGCGAGAGGGAGUUCGAGAAGGAAGUUGAAAAAGAAAGACUGAAGCUGAAGCCGACGGAGUUCCUGAACCUGGACGCGAUCCUGGAGGGCGUGAUGCACCGCGUGGUGGUGGUGCCGCUGCGCGCGCGGCUGUACGCGCGGCUGGCGGCGUGGCACGCGCGCGACGUGCGCCGCCUGCACGCCGCGCUCGAGCGCGCCGCGCACGCCACGCCGCUGCAGCUCGGCGUCAAGGAAACUACUAAAGUACCUUCUUCAGCUGUAUUAGCAGUAAUCUCAAAACAUUUCCUCAAGAUGCAAGAAGCGGACUCUCCGCUGGACAAGCUGGAGAAUCUGUUGGCAGCCAUAUCUGUUAUGUUUAAUGCGAUUCGUGGCGAGCGCAGUCUCGGGGCAGACGACUUGUUGCCAGUACUGGCGUGGACAGUAGCGCGGUGCCGACUAGUGUGCGCUGAGCUGGAGGCUGAACUGAUGGCUGGUCUACUCCCUCCCGCGCUCCUGGCCGGCGAGGGCGGAUACUACCUGACAGCGCUGUUCUCGGCUGUAGCUGUGCUUAAGAGAUUGGUGCCAGAACCCGGAGCAGAUACCGCCACUCCGGUAAGCGUGCAGUGGCGGCGCGGCUCGUCGGACAGCGGGCGCGCGGGCGCGGGCGCGGGCGCGGCCGUGGUGCGCGUGGUGCUGCCGGACGAGUGCCGCGGCAACAUCCGCCACGUGCCCGUGCCGUGCCGCCCCCGCGCGCGCGCGCGCGAUCUGUGCCGCGCGCCG